AUGCUUUUCUCGGCUACUAAGAUCCUGACCGUGGCUCUGGCCAUGGUCAACUAUGUCGCUGCCGCUCCCGUCGAACUGGCGGAGCGCGACCAGAAGGUCAUCAUUGGCUAUCGAACCGUGGACGAGAAAAAAGCCGAGGCCUACAACAAGCAUGAGACUGUUGUCUGGUAUACCGCUAGCGGCAUUCAGCUGGGCGAUGUCGUCUACCUCACGCCCGCUCCGGGACAAUGGAAGGUUCCCGAGAAUUACUGGCACUGUGUCAUCUACGCCGACCAUAGCAAAUGGCUCGCGGCCAAGAAGGCCUGGAUUCCCGAAACCUACGACGGCAAGACGCUGUGGUAUGAACCCAAGAAUAUCGAUUCGUACCUCAAGAACACCCGCCACGAGACACCCGAUGAGACCCUUCGCCUGUCUGUCAUUAAGGGAGACGAAGCGGUCCUCCAGUUGGGUAUCCCUAAGCACAUGCUGGGUAAAACUAGCCACUUGGGUCUUACGGCGAGUUGCAAGCCCAAGGCGUCGGACCUUCCUCAGCAUUCGGUGAACUACAAGACUUUGAACAAUGUGGUUGGGACCCCUCAGUGAGGAUAGAAUGCUCUGUCUUGACAUACUGGGGAAGAUGUGCGCAGGUUUGAGGUGCCGUGCUAAGGAGAGAGUUGCGAUGUUUGGUAUUUAGAUUUGAUCUCUCAUGUUUUAGUAUUCAGUUGGAAUCUCGAUGUAUAUUAUAGCUUGGACUAUGACUUAUAUAACCGUAUUCAGCGGAUGUCUCAUCUU